AUGUGUGGUAUCAUUGCUCUAAUCCAGGCGAACCCGUCUUCUUCCGCCGCCGUUGACCUACAUGAGGCUCUAUACCUGCUUCAACACAGAGGUCAAGAUGCUGCUGGAAUUGCCACCUGCGCUGCGGGCGGCCGUAUCUACCAACUGAAGUCAAACGGCAUGGCGGCCAAGGUUUUCCAGGAUGGUGCUAGGGUGGCAGACCUUCCGGGCCCCAUGGGCAUCGGUCACUUGAGAUAUCCCACAGCCGGGAGCAGUGCAAAUGCCGAGGCCCAGCCCUUCUAUGUCAACAGUCCAUAUGGCAUCUGUCUGGCUCAUAACGGCAAUUUGAUCAACGCUCCCGAGCUCAAGAGAUAUCUGGAUUUUGAGGCUCACCGUCAUAUCAAUACUGAUAGUGACAGCGAGCUGAUGCUCAACGUCUUCGCUGAUGAGUUGAGCGAAACCAAGAAGGCGCGCGUCAACAGGGACGAUGUCUUUGCCAGCCUAAGCCGGAUGUAUGAGAGAUGUGAAGGCGGCUGGGCAUGCACUGCUAUGCUAGCUGGCUUCGGUCUCCUCGGCUUCCGUGACUCCUAUGGCAUCCGCCCCUUGGUUCUUGGUUCCCGGCCUUCCGCUGAAGGUGAAGGCACGGACUACAUGAUGGCCUCUGAGUCAGUUGCUUUGCACCAGCUCGGGUUUACAAACAUUCGUGAUAUCCAACCUGGUGAAGCAGUCAUCAUUGAAAAGGGUGGCGAGCCUGUCUUCCGUCAGGUAGCCCCGAAGAAAGCCUAUGCUCCUGAUAUCUUUGAAUAUGUCUACUUCGCGCGCCCCGACUCCGUCAUCGAUGGUAUUAGCGUCUAUCGUAGCCGUCAACGGAUGGGCGAUCGUCUUGCCUCCAGGAUUCUCGAUGUUCUUGGACCGGAAGUGGUCAAAGACAUUGACGUCGUUAUCCCUAUCCCGGAAACAUCCACAACAUCAGCAGCGGCUGUUGCUCGGUAUCUGGAUAUUCCAUACUGUCAGGGUUUCGUAAAGAAUCGCUACGUUUUCCGGACGUUCAUUAUGCCUGAACAGAAGACCCGGCAAAAAGGUGUCCGUCGCAAGCUAAAUGCUAUGCAGGCCGAAUUCAAGGACCGAAAUGUCCUUUUGGUUGACGACAGUAUCGUGCGAGGCACCACCAGUCGGGAGAUUGUGACCAUGGCUAGGGAAGCUGGCGCUAAGAAGGUUUACUUUGCCAGCUGCGCUCCAGAGAUCACGCAUGCCCAUAUCUAUGGUAUUGAUCUGGCGUCCCCUACCGAACUUGUUGCGCACAAUCGUGAUGCCGAUCAGAUCGCCAAGCACAUCGGUGCCGACAGUGUCAUCUUCCAGACCUUGUCGGACCUGAAAGGCGCUUGUGCGGAGAUUGCCCGGGAGAAUGGAUUGACUGAGCCACUAGACUUUGAAGUCGGUGUGUUCUGUGGUAACUACGUUACUCCUGUUGCAGAUGGCUACUUUGAUCAUCUGGAAAAGAUCAGAGGCGAGGGUCGCAAGAUUAAAGCAUUGGAUCGGGCAAAAGAAGCUGUCACUCAUGGCUUUGCCAGUGAGAAGGAUUUCCAGAUCGCUGCCAAUGGCGUUAAAUUGGAUGCUAGCGGCAACAUCAUCCCGGCAUCGUCUCCCGGGGAGUCUGAGGUGCCACAAGUUAGCAUCUGCCCCACUCGCAAAGCCGACCAGAGUGAGGAACCCCCCAAACGUCGCAUAACCCGUUCUGUUGCCGCUAAAGAGGCUGCGUCCCUCGCAGCCGCAAUCAAGGCGUCGGAGGAAGAAUUCGCCACCAAGUGGCCCAAGCGAUCGUCUGAGAAUGAAUCUCCGGACACACAGUCGUCUCUAGAAAACAAUCUAAAGACUAUAUCUACCUCCAAACUGCACAAGAUAAAAAGACCGGCACCAAAGAUCGACAUUUCGGAUGAACUACCUCAUAAUUUAGGGUCGUCCAUUACUUCAAAGCAGAAAACCAACGCCAUGCAUUGGGGGGUCAAGGAGGGAGGAAUCGACGUGAAAAUAAACCGAGCGCAACAAUAUGCUGCCAAUGAGCCAGCAUUGAAGUCCACGAAAAAAGCCAAGAAGGCGAACCCUUAUCGUCUAACUCCAGGGUCCACGCCUUUCCCGGAUUGGCCUCAACCAACCCCAGAAGCAUGUGAAGAAGUAAGCAGACUUCUUACUACUGUACACGGAGAGGUCGUACCCCCAACUACCAUCCCGGAACCGUCUCUAACAGUAACGGGUUGUGGAGAGGUUCCGUCUGUUCUUGAUGCACUUAUUCGGACUUUGCUCAGUGGUGCUACCUCGGGAAAUAAUUCGGCGUUGGCUUUCAAUGGACUGGUACAGAAGUUCGGUGUUCUCCACGCGGGGAUAGGGAAAGGGAGCGUUAACUGGGAUGCUGUUCGUCAAGCGCCGCUCAAGGACGUCUUUGAAGCUAUCAAGAGCGGCGGUUUAGCCGAUAUUAAAAGCAAAAAUCUCAAGGCGAUUCUAGAUAUGGUGCAUAAGGAGAACCAGGAACGCCGAGAAAUCUUAGUGAAAGGCGAGGACACCGGUCCGUCAGAUCUCAUUGAUAAGUCUGAAGGCAGCAAACAGUACGAGAUUGCAUGUGCGGACCAACACUUUUUAUCUCUCAACCACCUCCAUAGCUUAAGUACGGAACAGGCCAUGGAGGAAUUAGUUAAGUAUCCGGGUAUAGGGCCCAAGACAGCUGCUUGUGUGCUACUCUUUUGCCUGCAGCGUCCGUGUUUCGCGGUAGAUACCCACAUCUUCCGCAUCUGCAAGUGGCUCGGCUGGGUCCCACCAGACAAGGCAACAGAAAUCACAGCAUUCAGCCAUCUUGAGCUCUUCAUUCGUCAUGGGAAAAGUUGCCCUAGAUGCCGAGCAAUUACAGGACAGUCUUCCGCCGGUUGGGACGAAGGCUGUGUCAUCGAUCAUCUAGUGAACAGGACCGGGAAAAGAAAGGGAGGAAUCGCAACCUCGCCACCGACCAAACGCAAGAAUUCUAGCCGACCGAGCCGGAAUGUAUACAGAGGGCUUACUGAACUUGCCAUGGGCCCUGAUCCGAUUGCCCCAUCUAAAGAAAAGGAAGGGGGCUGGCAGGAGGAGCACGCUAAUGCAUGCGAAGAUGGUGGUGCCCCAGUCGAUGCCAACCUUUUUAUACAUGGGCCAGACGAAGAGUGGAAAGGCACCUGCCGCCAUAGAUCGGACAAAGGCGUUGGCGGCGAUGGCGCUGGCGCUGUAGCGGGUGAAGGUGUCGACGAGGUAUUGGAGGGAGGACUGGAAGAUGGUGGUGAAGCCAACGCCGGUUAGAAAGACGCCGACA